AUGAGCUCGGCAACAUGGAAGAUACACCUGUUUCUGGUGGGUUUGGUAAUGGUCGGGACCGUUCUGUGCGGAAAAGCGAGCUCCAGUUCCAAGUGUCAGGAAAAGUCGCUGACGACUGCAAGCGGAUUAAAGGCACCGUCCGGUCCGUUCUGCCCUGGUGAUCUCAUUUUCGAGGAUACGUUUGAUGGGUUCGAUUUAGAUACUUGGCAACACGAAAACACACUUGCCGGCAACACGGAUUCGGAGUUUCAAUGGUUCACCAACAAUCGCACGAACUCAUUCGUCCGAGAGGGUAAUCUGUUUAUUCGACCAACGCUGACGGUGGACGAGUUCGGAGAACCUUUUUUGCGCUCGGGUGUUCUGAAUAUCCACGGUGGAUCACCAGCGGAACAAUGCACCAAACAUUCGCCGGAUGGCUGCGAACGUAGUGGGUCACACGGUCAGGUGCUGAAUCCGGUAAAGAGCGCCAGUAUCCGGACGGUCGAUUCGUUUGCGUUUAAGUACGGCAAGGUAGAGGUAAGCGCCAAACUGCCGGCCGGGGAUUGGCUCUGGCCAGCGAUUUGGUUCCUACCGAAGGUGAACGCCUACGGUCGAUGGCCCGCGUCCGGAGAGAUCGAUCUGCUGGAAUCGAAAGGUAAUCGGGAUCUGAUUAAGAAUGGCAUCAAUGUCGGCAUCGAACAGGUCACGUCCACGUUGAAGUUUGGUCCGAACGCCGCUUACGAUUCCGGGUACGGAGCUUCGGGCACUUCCUUUACACGGAAUUCGGAAUCUGGCAAGGGUUAUCAUACCGGUUUCAAUCGGUAUCAGAUGGAAUGGACACUGGACCACAUAACAUUCAGCAUUAACGACAUCGAGACGGGUACGGUGAAGGUUGGAACGGGGUUUUGGCAGAAGGGUAACUUCAAUAUAAGCGCACCCGGCAUUGAUAAUCCUUGGCGGUACGGUAGCAUUAUGGCACCGUUCGACCAGGAGUUCUACUUCAAGAUAUCGGUAGCGGUUGGCGGGUUCGGGUACUUCUCUGAUGACGAUAUUAAUCUGACACGCAAACCGUGGCAAAACGGAUCACCGAGCGCGAUGACUGAUUUCUGGAAUGGCAAGAACGAUUGGUUGCCAUCAUGGAAGCUAGAUGACAGCGAUUCGAAGGAUGCAUCGAUGCAGGUGGACUACGUACGGGUUUGGGCCCUAUGA